GGUGAAACCAAUCGGUACUCCGUGAAGUUCUACGACAGCAAAGUAUGUAAGAGUUUUUUAUUAGGCUGCUGCCCGCACGAGAUCCUCGCCUCGACGACUCACUCACCACACGCCGCUUUUUUGUAUUUUAAAAGUAGCUCAAAACCCAUGUCCAAUGUCCAGCCAAUCAAGAUGGUUCGAAACCAUCCGAAAUAAGGGAAAGCGCGGGUGGGUGUGAUUGGUAAGUUCUACUACCCGCGAAUGUCCUCUGAGGUUGAAUAAUGGAUGGCGAAAUUCCAGAAAACUAUCAUAGCCAUGUUCUACCAACUUAUUAGCUAGUCAAAGAUCGUGGAUCAGAUGAUGAUUCAAUUUAGAACCAUUCACUAAAACAACAGCAGUAUUCACUGAGAGCAAAAAGAAUCGAAGUGAGACGAAAAGGGAAUAGCAUAUAAGAAAAUGUGUGGACUUGCUCGUCCUCGCUAGGACAGAAUAUCCUGACUAUCAGAGCACAGUUGCAGCGGAGAGAUGAAUGUAAAAAGGAUUGAAGCAGAGUUGUAAGUACACAGUCGCCAUACCAAAUGAAACCGAUAAAUCGUAUUGCUAUCGAACCUUCACUAGCGAACCCCAAACGACUAGGUUCGAGCAGAGAUUCCGGUUGAAGGAAGGUUCUGGUGAAUGCCAGCAGUCGUGCCUGGUUGUACGUAAGUGUUUCCCUUUUCUAACCGAUGCCAAUUGACUUUUUCUAUGCCAUGACCGGUCAACGAUAGCUGAUCUGUUUUAGCUGGUACGCUCAAGUUCCUCUCUCUCCCAAGAUGGGCAUACGGGCUGAUCGGGUAUGAAUGUGCCACGUUCUUAAUAUUCAAACUUACUCCCCUAUUGGAAACGAAAUCCUUAAAUACGAACGAUCUGUUACUGCAGAUAGACAAAUGGCUGUGCUAGACCUGAUACUCCCUUGAUCUGGGUUUCUCUGAACAAACGCCUCUUUGCUAUCCACUUUUGGGUACGUAUCAACACACGAAAAAACUAACAAAAAUCUGCAACUUGAUACUGGAAGGUGUCAAAUAUCCUUCCAUUGACCGGAUCAACCUGGUACAACGGGUACGUAAAAACUCUGAACAUGAAACCUGUGCUGUCAGCAGAAUAGCGAAUAUAAUGAUGAAUGUUGCUCAAAAUGGUGGGGUUUUUGCAACUGUCCGGGCGGGAGAGCCCCGUAGUAAUGAGCACAGUAAAAGGCCAUCGCGAGAAAAUAGGUAUGCCAAUGUUGAUAAUUUUGUAUUGUCCCCGUUUGGGCAGUUGCAACAUUCUUACCAUUCCCUUCAUUUACACGCGCUGGUUGGUUGUGGCCAGUUUUUUGACGAUAAGGUUUAAAAUGGACAUUAGUUUGCUAAAGUUUUCGUUUCAUGGUUUAAAUUGUAUCUCUUGUUUUGCCUGUCGAUAUUUUGCGAAUACUACCGUCGAACGUCCUUUCAAUAUGAUUAGUUUGUUAGAUUUUUAGAUAGCAUUUUCGAAGCAUUUCGUUUUUUGUUCAAUCGAAAUACAAGCAGCAACAGCUUUCCGAUUAAAGUUAGAUCAAUUGGCGCGAUUAUGUGCGGCAAUUAAUGAUACGUGUAGAAGCAGCCCUACGUACGUAUAUGUUUAUUAUUUUUUCUAGUGGAUAAGAUAAACUAAGCUUGGCCGGAGAUUAACUUCUGUUUGUUUCAUGAUCGUGUCACAAGACAUUUUGCCGAACCUGCCUCACUAGCGCUAAGAAAUGGUCUACGUACAAAAAUGCGUCAUCUUACCUCCGUACGUAUGCUAGUAGUUUGAACCAAACACACUACAUUCACUACGAAAAUCCCUCAAAUGCGUAAAAUUAUUAGCGAUCUUUAGCCAGACCCGUGCACCCGACCCGCGAGUUGGAGACAAAAGUCUCUGGAGUUGCAUAUUAAAUUGUAGGAUAUUCCAGCAAAAAGGGGGUUGUGUGGUUAUAGUUUUUGGUGAGUAACAACAACAAAAUCAUCAUAAAUCCAUUCAUUUAACUCUCAACCAGGUGCAUUGGAGGCGAUGGCGAGUGGCGCACUGUUUCGUUAACCAUUUCAACGAUUUUUUUCUGACUUUCAGGAACCAGCUUCGUAUUAUCGCGUUUCGGUUACAAACUGUCGCUGAUAGUCCUUCGGUAGUAUCGGAAGAAUUACAACUAAAAAUCUUCUGCCAUAAAUAUUCCAAAAUCGCAGUACAGUUUGUGGCUGAAGCGUGAAAAUGUGAAACCGAUCUCAGAUGACUCAUACGAGUGAGUGGCACAUAGUUUGCAAACUUACUAAUUUGUAUGAUGCUAUUACGAACUGAAAAUUUAUCACUUGUCUUAUGUUUUCGCCCUUUUGGCUCUCGUUUCGAGCGUUCCUUUUGGUUCUGUUUUCCUUUUCUUCGGCAAAAUGUACUAAACGACGUUCGUUCGGUUUCUUUUCAUUUCUCUUCCAUUUCGCACUUUGUUGCUACGUAGCGUAUGGAUCUUGGCGAAUGCCCAAAAGUGCAUGAUCUUGCCCUGCGCGCCGACUAUGAGAAUGCGUCCAAGAACAAGGACUACUAUUACGACGUUGAUGCCAUGGAACAUCUGCAGGCAUUCAUUGCUGACUGUGACCGUCGCACGGAGGCGGCCAAGAAGCGUUUGGCCGAAACACAGGAAGAGCUCACGGCAGAGGUGGCCGCCAAGGCGAACGCGGUCCACGAACUAGCGGAGGAAAUCGGUAAGAAACUAGCAAAGGCCGAAGCACUAGGUGAGGCGGGACAGGUAGAGGAAAGCAUGAAGCUGAUGUCCGAGAUUGAGGAAUUCCGCUCGAAGAAGAAUCGCGCCGAACAAGAGUAUCGCAGCUCCAUCCCAGCCAGCACCUACCAGCAGCAGAAGCUGCGCGUCUGCGAGGUUUGCUCGGCGUAUCUCGGCAUCCAUGAUAACGACAUUCGGCUGGCGGAUCAUUUUGGCGGCAAGCUGCAUCUCGGCUUUCUGGCCAUCCGUGAAAAAUUGGCUGAGUUGGAGAAAACUGCCGGGCCGCGCCAGAAGGAGUUGCGCAAAACGGGUCGUGAUCGCGAUCACGAAGAUCGCAGCAGGUCGCGUUAUGUCGGCGGACGAGAGCUCGAUCGACGCUCUCGAGCUCUUGCCCGCAGCCGCGAACGAAAGGAUUCAACUCGCGAUCAACGACCUACUGAGGAUCGGAAAGAAAAGAGUGAAGGGCGAGAUCGUGAGCAGCGCGACCGGCGGCGAUCGUCGGAUCGUAAUCGCCGUUCUCGAAGUCGCGAUCGUAGCCGCGAACGCGAUCGCCAUAACGAUCGUCGCCGCAGGUCGCGAUCGCGCGAGAGAUCCAGACGGUAAGCAUCUAUCAUACUGUAGACAUCCCCUUGAAGCAGGCAUACGGAUACACGGUAGCAGUGACAACAUAGAGGCAACAUGAAGCAGUCGGCGGACAUCAGCACCUUCCGGAUUGGAUAGCACAGAACCGUUCUUUGCUCCAGUGUUGGCAGUUAUUUGUAAGCAUAGACUAACAUUAUCCACUUGCCUAACCGUCAAUCUUAUUCUGCUGCAUAAACUGCUGCAACUAGGAAUAUCAUAAUUAGGCUCGACUUUGAUAAAAAAAAACAACUCUUCUUCACCGUGCGCAAUCCGUUGGGGGUCCGCGCGAAACAUGUUUUACUGUAAUCACAAAAACAAACAAUUGUAAUUAUUUUUCCCCGAAAUUUUUUAAAUGUAAAUUGCACCACCGAGAAUUAUCACACAUUUGCGAUCAAUUUUGCGGCAUCAAGUUCAAAAUACAACAAGAGCACUACGGGUGAAGUGGCUGCAGAGAUCUAGCCCUUGGCCAACACGUGGAUCGCAUGCUAGAAUCGUCCAAUUUUUAUCAAAAAUUACGGUUCUGCGGCCUUUUUUAGCAUGACGGAGCACUGUUAUUGGCAUGAAUUUUUGGACAUGCUGGAAAAGUGUGCACACAAAACGAACCCAUCUUGCAGUUCUGAUUUGCAUUUCUGCUACACUGCAUCCAUGGAAGGGUGGGAAAAUUACAUAUUAUAGAAAGGUAAUCAGAACUAGUUAAGCAUUUAUUUUAUUUUUCAAAAAUACAAAUCUCGGUUGAUUCCUAUACAGGUUUUGUAGAACGAUAGUUGAAAUAAAGUUGGUCUCUCGUG